GGGCCUGUCGAGCGGACGCGCUCAUCGACAACCCUGGGGGAACUGGGAGACGUCCCAGGUCCUCCAUCCUUGAAGGGGGACCCCUGGAACCCCGCCUUGAUACUUGUAGGGUGCAAAUCAGUCCGGUUCCUAGCUGGCACUGACCAAGAGGGUCUCCUCACCGAGGCUCAGUCCGCCCACCUUGAACUUCAGUCCACUCCUUCUGCAUCAUCGCAGGAGGUAGGGGGACAACUUGGGAGAUCUCCAAAACCUACUAGUAACUUGUUAUUUUCUCAGGCCUGUGUAUUUGGUACCUUCUUUGUUAUUGUAAUUGUUGUGUUUCUCGUAGCUGUCUGGAUUGAACACCUGACCAGAGCCAUGGGUAAUGUGCCAUCUAACCCCCUAGAAUUAACCUUAGCCCAUUGGAAGGAGGUUAAGGAAAUUGCUCAUAAUCGAAGUGUAGAUGUUAAGAAAGAAAAGUGGAUAAGUUUAUGUAAAUCAGAAUGGCCCACCUUUGAGGACGCCGAGUGGCCUCCUGAAGGAAGUUUUGAUAUAAUUAAAAUUGCACUUUUACAGGCCAAAAUUUAUAAUGUGCUUAGUGGGCAUCCAGACCAAGUCCCUUAUAUAAUUACUUGGAGGGCACUGGUUGAAGAGGAUGGCCCCGCCUGGGUGCAUGCUUUCUUGUCCCCCCCAGCCUCUUCUCUCAUCCAGGAGGAUGAUGAAGACGCAGGAGAGAACGUGCCACCAGCCCCCUCCGCACCAGAGGGUCCUGCCCAGUCAACCCGACGGCGCCGGGGAAUUACGCCUCCCCACAACUCCACUGCCCUUCCCCUUCGCCCCGUGGGUCCCGUGGAUGAGAAUGGCCAGCAGCAAUUCCAGUACUGGCCGUUUGCCACUAGUGACCUAUACAACUGGCGUACCCAAAACGCCCCCUUUUCUGAAAAACCCCAAGACUUGAUUCGUUUGCUUGAAACUGUCCUUUUCACUCACCAACCCACUUGGGAUGAUUGUAACCAGCUUUUACAGGUUCUUUUCACCACCGAGGAGAGGAGUCGCAUCCGAGAGGCGGCCCGGAAACUUGUCCCCGGCCCAACCGGAGCGCCCCUCACAGACCCUGCCGCGAUCUCAGUCUCCUUUCCUGAGACUCGACCAACAUGGGACUAUAACACGGCUGAAGGUAGGGAACGACUCCUCAUCUACCGCCAGGCUCUGUUGGCAGGUCUCAAGGCGGCGGCUCGCCGACCUACUAAUAUGGCCAAAGUCUAUGAUGUGAGGCAGGGAGAAAAUGAAAGUCCGGCAGCAUUCCUUGAGCGGCUUAUAGAAGCCUUUAGCCAGUACACUCCCUACGAUCUUGAAACUCAGGAAUCCGCUCAGAUUGUUAUGUUCACCUACAUAAAUCAAGCUGCCCCGGACAUAAAGCGAAAGCUGCAGACAAUAGACAGGCUUGGUGAAAAAUCUGUUAGGGACUUAGUAGCAGUGGCGGAGAAGGUCUAUAACAAAAGAGAGACAGAGGAGCAGAGACAGGAGCGAAAGGACAGGGAACGUGAAGCUGAACGUGAAAGGAGAGAUAGGGAAAAAGAGAAAAAUUUGGCUAGGAUCCUGGAGCAGCAACAAGCACAACAGACUAGAAUUUUAGCACAGCAUCAAGCCCAGCACAGAAGAGACAUUAGAGAAAUCUUAACCUCUGUGCAACCUGGAAACUUUAGACGAUCCUCAGUAGGAGAAAACCAGUGUGCCUAUUGCAAGGAGAUAGGACAUUGGCUCAAGGACUGCCCAGAACUAGCCAGAAAGGAGGAGAGAAAACAGAAAGUAGGAUCCAGAGUGCUGCCGGCCUUAGAGCUAGCUGAAGACAGCGACUGAGGGAGUCGGGGCUCAGACCCCCUCCCUGAGCCUAGGGUAACUUUGAAAGUGGAGGGGAGCCCAGUCACGUUCAUGGUGGAUACGGGAGCAGAAAACUCAGUACUACUAGCCCCGAGAGGGCCGAUGUCCAAUAAAACAACAUGGGUGCAAGGUGCAACUGGCACCAAACCCUAUAAAUGGACUACCCGAAGAACAGUGGACCUAGGAGUGGGCCGGGUAACCCACUCAUUUUUAGUCAUUCCUGACUGCCCCUACCCAUUGCUUGGACGUGACCUUUUAACAAAAAUGAAGGCUCAGAUACAAUUCACAAGUGACGGAGCUUUGGUAACAGACUCAAGAGGAAAGCCUGUAAAUAUAUUAAUCACUAGCAAACUAGAAGAGGAGUAUAGGCUAUACCAACAUCUCAAGCCUGAGUCUCCAGAAAAUGAGUGGUUACAGGCGUUUCCCCAAACAUGGGCAGAAACUGGGGGGAUGGGACUGGCAAAACAUCGUCCUCCAAUCUUUGUGGAACUCAAAGCUGGAGCUGACCCAGUAAAAGUUCGCCAGUACCCCAUGUCACUAGAGGCAAAGAAAGGGAUCACCCCCCACAUCAGAAAAUUGUUGGAAUUGGGAAUCCUAAAACCCAUCCAGUCAGCCUGGAACACUCCAUUACUGCCCAUCAAAAAGCCUAACUCCAAUGACUAUAGACCAGUACAGGACUUGAGAGAAGUAAACAAAAGAGUAAUGGACAUUCAUCCAACCGUUCCAAAUCCAUAUACUUUGCUGAGUUCCUUACCACCAAGCCACGUGUGGUAUACUGUGCUAGAUUUAAAGGAUGCCUUUUUUAGCCUGCCCUUAGCCCCACAGAGCCAAAAUUAUUUUGCAUUCACCUGGCAUGAUCCUGAAAUUGGGAUAAGCGGCCAACUGACCUGGACCAGGCUGCCUCAAGGAUUCAAAAAUUCGCCCACCAUCUUCGACGAAGCACUGCAUGAAGACCUGAGUGAGUACCGCUCUAAAAAUCCUGAAAUAAGCCUGUUGCAAUAUGUGGAUGAUCUGCUGAUAGCUGCCUCAGACAAAAUUAGCUGCCUGAAAGGGACAGCCAGGCUCUUAAAGACUCUUGGCAAUCUAGGCUACAGGGCCUCUGCUAAAAAGGCACAGAUUUGCAAAUCUGAAGUCACCUACCUAGGCUUCAUACUAAAAGAAGGCAAGCGUUGGCUGUCAGAAGCACGAAAAGAGACUGUACUAAAAAUUCCUGUACCAAAGUCAGCCAGGCAAGUCAGAGAGUUCCUAGGAACAGCGGGCUUUUGCCGGCUGUGGAUACCUGGGUUCGCUGAAAUGGCCAAGCCCUUAUAUGAAGCCACCAAAAAUGUCCCAGAGUUCCACUGGACUGAACAAAUGCAAAGGGCCUUUGAGGCAGUUAAGAAAAGCCUCCUAGAAGCCCCUGCCUUAGGCCUACCUGAUGUGAAUAAACCAUUCACCCUAUUUGUGGCCGAAAAUAAAGGGAUAGCAAAGGGGGUGCUCACCCAGCCAAUUGGGCCUUGGAAAAGACCAGUCGCCUACUUAUCCAAGAAAUUGGAUCCUGUUGCUGCUGGGUGGCCCCCAUGCCUGAGAAUAAUAGCCGCAGUAGCCCUCUUAGUGAAAGACGCAGACAAGUUGACCUUGGGACAAAAUCUAACUGUGGCCACUCCACACGCUCUGGAAGGGGUGCUAAAACAACCGCCCGACCGAUGGAUGAGCAAUGCCCGCAUGGUCCAUUACCAAACCUUGUUGCUUAACCCCACGCGUAUCAGUUUCUGCGUACCAACAGCAUUAAACCCAGCUACCUUGUUGCCGGAUCCGGACCUGGAAGCGCCUCUGCAUGAUUGCGAGCAGAUCCUGGCCCGAGCACAUAGUCUCAGGCCUGACUUGCUGGACUCACCGCUACCACAGGCUGAGCACACCUGGUUCACCGAUGGCAGCAGCUUCAUGCGAGAAGGAAAAAGGUACGCAGGCGCGGCAGUCACCACGGACGCUGAGAUAGUGUGGGCAGAGGCACUCCCCCAGGGAACUUCUGCACAAAGAGCAGAACUAGUGGCCCUAACAAAAGCCCUACAAAUGGGGAAAGGAAAGAGACUAAAUAUAUACACGGACAGUAGGUAUGCGUUUGCUACCGUACAUGUUCACGGAGCUAUCUACCAGGAGAGAGGGUUACUGACGGCUGAAGGAAAAACUGUUAAAAACAAGCAAGAGAUUCUAAAUCUCAUUCGGGCCCUCUGGGAACCAGCCAAGAUUGCUAUCAUGCAUUGUCCAGGACAUCAAAAGGGAGUUGAUUUAGUGACUAAAGGAAAUAACUUGGCAGACCAAGCAGCCAAGGAGGCGGCCCUCCAACCUAGAACAGAAAUAUUAACCCUAGCGGAUCCAGGGCCGCGGACUCUGCCUCCCGUGCCCCAAUAUUCUCAAGAGGACCUAGAAUGGAUUAGGAAAAUUCCUAUGGCCCACAAACCCCCGGACAAAGAAGGAAAAAGUGAUUGGUGGAGAACGUGUGAAGGGAAACUUAUCUUGCCACAAGAACUAGGUAAGGGGAUCCUCAAGAGAAUCCACCAGGCUUCCCAUAUGGGGACCCGAAGAAUGCAGGACUUGCUUCGCCACUCAAAAGUAAAAAUUAGACAGGGAAACCAAAUUGUUGAGGACAUUGUCAAAGGUUGCAAAGCCUGCCAGCUCACCAAUGCAGCGGCUCAACCAAUUAUGAAAGGAAGCCGCCUUCGUGGAAGCAGGCCAGGUGCGUAUUGGGAGGUAGACUUUACAGAAAUUAAACCUGGAAAAUUUGGAUACAAAUAUUUGCUAGUCUUUGUAGACACCUUUUCAGGAUGGGUUGAAGCUUAUCCAACAAAACAUGAAACUGCAAACGUGGUGGCCAAGAAGAUCUUGGAAGAAAUCUUACCCAGGUAUGGCUUCCCAUCCUCCAUUGGGUCGGACAACGGACUGGCCUUCGUCUCAAAAGUAAGUCAGGGAAUAGCCACUGCACUGGGGACUGAUUGGAAAUUACAUUGUGCUUAUAGACCCCAGAGUUCAGGGCAGGUAGAAAGAAUGAAUCGGACCCUAAAAGAGACCUUGACUAAAUUGGCCCUAGAGACUGGCGCAGAUUGGGUGUCGCUCCUUCCUUUUGCCUUAUUUAGAGUAAGAAACUCACCUUACCAGCUUGGUUUCACUCCCUUUGAAAUAAUGUACGGGCACCCCCCGCCCAUUGUUCCUAGCCUUCAGACUGAAUUGCUUUCAGAUUUAGAUGAUACUGAAUUUCUAUGUAAACUUAAUCAUUUACAGCUUGUGCAUAAGAAUGUGUGGCCUCAACUUAAGGCACUAUAUGAUUCUGCUUCUGUCCCUACCCCUCAUUUAUUUAGACCAGGGGACUGGGUGUUCGUUCGGAGACACAACCCAAACUCCUUAGAACCACGGUGGAAGGGACCCUACGUAGUGCUGCUGACUACUCCCACCGCCCUCAAGGUAGACGGCAUCGCCACCUGGGUUCACUACUCCCACGCCAAACCAGCUGACCCCUUCGCGUUGGACGAGGAUUUUCGUGGAGAAACAUGGGAAGUCUCCAAACAUCCAGACCAGCCACUGCGCCUUCGCCUCAAGAAACGAAAGUUAGACUGA